AUGGCACAGGCUCGUAGCAUUCUCUCUCGGUUCCGGGGUUGUCUUGCGGGUGCUGCUAUUGGAGACUGUAUCGGGUCAGAAUUUGAGACUCUAUGGGCCAAUUCGAUUGACAUCACAAAAAUACUCGGCGUAGAUAAUCAGAUUCGUGAAGUGGCAGAAAAAAGAAGUAAAGGAGAAGGGGAGAUAUUGAAAGGGAAAAUAUGGGAGUUCACAGACGACACGGCCAUGGCACGAAGUGUGGCAAAGUCUCUUAUCGAACAAAAAGGAUUCAAUGCCAAGGAUAUGGCAUGCAGAUUUUCCAAGGAAUAUUUAAAGGAUCCUUAUAGAGGGUAUGGUGGAUCAGUGGUAGUAGUUUUCCAGAAACUACAUGAUACUGAAUAUAAGGAUCCUUUUGGACCAGCAAAGGAACAGUUUGAUGGGAAAGGUUCCUAUGGCAACGGGGGAGCCAUGAGAAUAGCUCCGGCUGGUUUGUUCGGAUAUAAAGACAAUGACUUCCACAGACUACGGGAAUUGGCCCAGAACAUCACCAGCAUCACACAUUCCCAUUAUCAGGCCAUACAGGGGGCAGUCCUUCAGGCUUAUGCUGUCUACUUAGCACUGAGAGUAGAAGGUCAUGUGGAUACUGAUAAAUUUCUUGAUGACCUGAUUAAGCAGAUGAAACUUAUGGAGACAGAAACUGAGAAAUUAACGAGAGAGAAAAAUGAAUCUGUUGCUCAGGACAGAGGAGAAGAAAGGAGCACGGCAUCAGAACACCCAUACUGUGAUAAAUUGGAAAAGAUCAGGACAUUUCUGAAACAAGACACUCCACCUACCGCUGAUGAAAUCAAUAAAGAUUUAGGAACAGAGAUAUCAGCUGUAGAGUCCGUUCCUGCUGCUAUCUUCGCCUUCCUCUACUCAGCUAAAGAAAUUCCACAUUUAGAGGACAGAAACCUGUUUGAGAAGACAGUGAUAUAUGCAAUAUCUCUGGGCGGUGAUUCAGAUACAAUCGCCAGCAUGGCUGGAGCUAUCGCUGGAGCAUGCUAUGGAGAAGAACAAGUGCCUGAUCACUGGAAACUUUGUUGUGAAGGAGUGGAGGAUGCUCUGAAAUAUGGAGAGGAGCUCUACAAACUGUCACAGCUGAGUGAGGCAGAAAACAGAUGACACGUUGUCACAAGGUUCAAGGUCAUUAGAGCUAGGUUUUAAGUCACAUGAAGAAGGAAAUGACUCAUUAAAGCACGCUAAGGAUUAGCUAGACUCAAAGUAAACUCAGUCAUGAACACAAAAAAUAAAUGAUUGAGGGCUGUGAGAGAGAAAAUGAAAUAAGAGUACCUGUCAAUAUAAGGAUGUAGAAACAGGACUAAGUAACUUCAGGUUAACUAUCACACGUAAAGGACAUAUAACAAGGCAGUUAUACUUAAGUAUGUAUCCUUCAAGAAACCCAGAGAGUCCACAUCUGACCUAAACCAAGUGGAAGGGUUAUUAGUGGGCAAUGAAGAAGCAUGUAUUACAAUUGAGCUUAAUACCAGGUAUAGGCAUACUGCCAGAUCAAUGCAAUAAUCAUGUUAGCCAAAAAUACAGUAUCUGUGAUUCUGGU